GAAGUACAUAACAUUUUAUAAUAAAUACAGAAAAUGUAUGAAAUUGCUAUAGUACAGGUUAAAAAGCUAGAAACUGAUGAAACUACUGUGCUAAAUCAUGUCCGUAUAUUUACACUAAGUUGUUGUUCGCUAGUCUACCCGUUGCUGGGAUGAACGAGCGCUGGAAAAAUUUGUUUUCAAAUGAGUGAAGUUUCGAAAUGAAUGAAAAUCACAUGCACCAAGUCAUUUUAUUAUCACGAGUAGUCGAGAGUGUUCUUACUAGCUCAGAGCUGGUAUUAAUAAGUAAGAUAAGAUAAUUAAUGAUAAGUCUCAAGCGCUGAGUCAGUUUAUCGUGAGGAGUAGUCGAGAGUGUUCUCGCCAGCUCAGAGGUUCGGGUUUCUACGGAAUACCUUCCAUAAUAAUGAGCGAUUUGCUUACCUACGAUUUUCUUCUACGAUGCACGGAACUGAGCAGAUGAAGCGGUCUGUUAUUUCACCUUUAGCACUACUCAUCAGCUAUGUGGUGACUAUCUCCUGUGCUGAAGAACUCACAGGGAAAACACUGGCCGACCUGAAGAUGCCAUUAACAUUGACUUCACGGGACACUGCAUUAGUAAAUAGUUCAGUGGUAACUUGCCCCGAUGGAUCGCAUUGCCAGGAUGGUCAUCCAUGUUGUCUUACGAGCACACUAUUCAGGUGGUAUGUAUGCUGUGAUUAUAAAUAUGGUAUUUGCUGCGACGACCUUAGGCAUUGCUGUCCGAGAGGAUUCAGGUGUCUUCCCGAAACAGGGUGUACUAGGGCAGGUAUCUUGCAGAAAACUAAGGUAGAAAAGAAUACUGUUGAUACAGGGAUCGUCAUCUGCUCCGAUGGACGCCAAGGUUGCUGUCCUUAUACGAAUGCAACUUGCUGCUCGGACCACAAUCUUUGCUGUCCCUCUGGAUACAGAUGUGACCAGAAUGCUAAGAUGUGUGUUCUUGGAAAUGUCCGCGUCCCGAUGUUGCGAAUCACAAAGUGCCCCCGUGGAGGAAAGUCCCCGACAGUCAACUCAAGCGAGAAGAUUCGCUUUAGACCACAACAUGUUCAAAAUGGGGAACUUGAGGCAGACGAUCUCCCCUAAUAAGCAAAGCUCCUACAAGGCACAGUCUCGCCUUUCAUAGACGCACCAAUAACACGCCGGAACAGCAUUGAAUGAAGUGGCUGUGACGCACAAUCUUACCUCUUCUAACUUGCUAUGACAAUCAAUGUUGCCUACGUGGUUCAGAAUUUAUGAGUCAUAAUUCUGUUUGUUUGCCUGCUUGUUUCUUGAUCUCUUUAAUCAACCAAGUUUAUUUCAACGAUAUGGCGUAGCCCCUUCAAUUAAAGUAGAUUUAAUCUGUU